CGGAAGUGGCGCGGCCGCCGCGCGCCGGGCGCUAGGAGCCGCGGUGCCGGGCCAGGCCUCGCCCCGCGCCGCCGCCGCGCCCGAGCCGGCCCCGCGUGCCCCCGGCGCCGAUCCAGGACGGCCGCUUCCGCCCGGCUCGCCCAGGCCUCCGCCGUCCCCGGGGGAGGGGCCGAGGCCGGGCCGCGCGGGCGGAGGGAGCCAGGCCCCGCGGGCCGCCGACGGUUCGUAACAGCCGGGUCGGAGGAGGAGCCGGGCCGCGCGGGGCGGAGGCCGGGCCGCGGGGGCGCGGGCCCCGGGCCGGGGGCCACGCGAGGCGCCGGGCUGCGCGCGGAGGCCUGGACCGCGCGCCCAGGUGAUGUGGGCCCCUGUGCUUCUACGGAAGAAAGGGACGCCCGCGGCGGCGGCGGCGGCCCCGGCCGGCCCCGCCGCUCAUUUUGACAUCAGCCCCUGGGGCGCCCGUGGCAGCCCUGACGCCCCAGCUCGCUGAGGUGCCCGUGAGGAUGCAGCGGUCGGGUGUCCGGCUCUCCCCGCGGGAGGGGCGCUGCCUGCGCUUCUGAACUCGCGCAGAGAAAAAACAAAACCGAAAAACAAAACAAAACAAAUCCCCCAGAAUGAUGCUAUCCGAGCAAGCCCAAAAGUGGUUUCCAACCCACGUCCAGGUCACAGUGCUUCAAGCUAAAGAUCUGAAGCCAAAAGGCAAAAGUGGCACCAAUGACACGUACACCAUAAUUCAGUUGGGCAAAGAAAAGUACUCCACAUCUGUAGCGGAGAAAACCCUGGAGCCGGUCUGGAAGGAGGAGGCCUCCUUUGAGCUGCCUGGCUUGCUCAUGCAGGGCAACCCGGAGAAAUACAUCCUUUUCCUCAUAGUGAUGCACAGGUCCCUGGUGGGGCUGGAUAAGUUUUUAGGGCAGGUGGCAAUCAAUCUCAAUGACAUCUUUGAGGACAAACAAAGAAGGAAAACAGAGUGGUUUAGAUUAGAAUCCAAACAAGGAAAAAGAAUAAAAAACAGGGGUGAAAUAAAGGUCAAUAUUCAAUUUAUGAGAAACAAUAUGACAGCAAGUAUGUUUGACUUGUCAAUGAAGGAUAAGACAAGAUCGCCUUUUGCAAAAUUGAAAGAUAAGAUGAAAGGGAGAAAAAAUGAUGGGACAUUUUCUGACACAGCUUCUGCAAUCAUUCCAAGCACUCACAUUCCCGAUGCCAAUACUGAAUUUUCAAGCGGCGAAAUGCAGAUGAAAUCCAAACCAAAAAAGCCUUUUCUUCUGGGUCCUCAGCGGCUCUCUUCUGCUCAUUCAAUGUCUGAUUUAACUGGCUCCCACUUAUCUUCUGAAAAACUGAAGUCUAGCACUGGAGGUCCAACACAUCUUCUCAGUCGCCAGAUAGAGCCCUUUGGAGUUGUUCCAGAAAUUGGAACCCUCAAGUCUCCACACAGACGAACACUAAGCUUUGAUACUUCUAAAUUGAACCAGCCUGGUGGCACUGUGGAUGAAGGUGAACAUUCUUUUGGAAGACAGAGUGACCCAUUUACAAAUGUGACUGCGUCAUUACCCCAAAAGUCUGCAACACUGCCAAGGAAGAAGAAUCCAUUUGAAGAAAGCAGUGAGUCAUGGGACAGCAGUACACAUUUAUUCUCAAAACCAAUUGAAGUAAGGAAAGAAAAUAAGAGAGAGAAGCGGGAGAAAGUAAGCCUCUUUGAGAGAGUGACAGGGAAGAAAGAGAGCAGAAGAUCUGACAAGCUCAGCAGCGGGGGCUCUGAGAGCCCGUGUGACUUGAAAUCACCUAGUGCUUUUAGUGAAAAUCGGCAGGACUAUUUUGAUUAUGAGUCAACCAAUCCGUUUACAGCAAAAUUCAGGGCUUCGACUAUAAUGUCAUCUUCAAGUUUUCAUAUGAAUCCAACAAGCAGUGAAGACCUCAGGAAAAUCCCGGACAACAAUCCUUUUGAUGCCGUGGCUGGAUACCGGAGUCUGACGUAUGAAGAGGUGCUGCAGGAGCUAGUGAAGCACAAAGAACUCCUCCGGAGGAAGGACACCCACAUCCGUGAGCUGGAGGACUACAUUGACAACCUCCUUGUCCGGGUGAUGGAAGAGACUCCCAGCAUCCUGCGAGUACCCUAUGAGCCAUCCAGGAAAGCUGGCAAAUUUGCCAACAGCUAGGAGAGCCAGUAGGAAGGAGAGAGAAUGAGGGAAUGAGAAGGAAGGAAGGGAGUGAGGGUGUUCCUGGAAGAGGCCACACUGUCAGGUGCACUUCCUCCCCCAUCGUUGGGAAACACUGUCAGUCCUGUAGGUAUCAAGAGUAAUCUUUGAAGUGAGUAAAGUACUCUGAACUCUUAAACUGAGAAUGAGCCAUGCCUUGACGAGUGAGCAGCUCUGUGGCAUCACGUGGGUGCUGGUGCCGGACCCGUCUGCCGUAGGCCUGGAAAUAGAUUCAACAGCCCAUGAGUUAUUCCUCAGGAAUAGAUUCCAUAAAGCAGGAUUGAUGUGGUGUUGGAUUCUCAGAGUCUACAGACACACUCAGUGUCAGGAACCCUGCUCAUUAUAAACACUAGUAAAAAGAAGUUCCUCAUACAUGACUAUGUAUGUUCGUGUGUCUCUGUACAUAAAGUAAUGCAUAUACCUCAUAUACACAUGUGUAUUUAUGACACUUAAAAACAAGUGGUUGCCUCUACAGUUGGGAUACCAGUCUCAUAGCUGAAAAUGCGCUUUCGCAGUCUACACUCAGGACUGCUUGUCACCAGGACCACCCCACCUCUGUGGGGGAGCUGUUUCAAUCCAGUCCUGACUGUCUGAACCCUGAUUUUGAAGAUACUCACUGCAUCCAGCUCUGGCUUCCAACUUUACCCCCAACUCCUGCCCAAACAGAGUUCGUUAUUCUUUUCAGUGAAGCAUGGGUUUCCUCAUCCAGUGUUCUCCUGGUGUUUGAGUUUAUGGGAAGUGUAAGCAGAAGCUAGGCUAGUACGGUUUAUUCUCUGUGGAUCAUGAGCAAAGACAACUGUGUAAAGUUCUGUCUGAGAGUGAUCUAGGGGAUGGGCUGUGGUCUUUCCCUGAUAACCCAAGGCAACAGCGACUUCUAGGGAUGAGGGUCGGGUUUGGUUUCCAUGUCCUCAGUGUAGAGCCCUGGACCCAGGCUCAUCACAGCAGUGAGUGUUGAAAGCAGGUCUUCGCCAGCACCAGAGCGUGUGGCGGCCCCUGUGCACCCUUGAGGAGGGCAGUCACAAGCUUUGGGGUCUUUGUGUAAGCCUGCCUCCCUGGAAUGGUAGUUCCUCUGUGGGUUACCUUUAUGUAUCUGUACAAAGUUAUCCUAAAAUUUAAAGUGAAAAGCAACGAGAUAAGAACAUUUCAGAUCUUCUUCUGGUAUUUCAGCCUUUCCGAUCUAAGCACCGUAAAACAGACUGUCUUUCACAGCUGAGGAUGAAAAGGCUGCCAUGCACAGAGACUGGUGGCUGAGUAUGUCCCUAGCCCUGUAGUAAGCUGCAUUUUUCUGAUGCUUAUCUUAAGUAAGACUUCACUGAGAGUCAACUGAAUGCAAAGAUUAUAGUUUUGCUGAAUUUCAUACUUUUUAGUCACAAAAUUCCUUGUUAUCUGUAUUUUCUGAGUUUCUGUGAUUUUUCUAGAAAACAUGGGUUUUGAAGUGAAAUUUUUCCCAAAUACAAACUUAAACACUUUCCUAAAUUAAAGUGGAGAAAGGAAAAAUGGCUUUUUACAAUCAAUUUUCCUUCCACUUAAUAAUUAAAGUGAUUCUAAAUAAACUUUAGAUUUGGUUUUCCCAUGUGAGGUCUUGGUAAAUAUUUUUUUAAUGGUGCCACUUAAAAUGAACAUUUUUUAGAUGUUACCAAAUUCUUACAUAUUUUCAUCGUGGCAUCGCUGAGACCUUACAACUUCUCACAGCACCCUAAAUCCGUGUAUUCAGGGUUAUGACAGGUAGCUGCAGUUACAGUAACGUGCACCAGCCAAAUGUGUCCUGGAGUGAACCUGAGCUGUCUGUUGAUUUAUCCUGGGAAUAAGUGUUCCAUAAGUCUCAUUUAAAACGCGUAGUUCAAAUGCCACGGUUCCUUCUAUGACAAGUAAGUCAUAAGGCACAGCUUUUGCCUCCGUAAGAAUAUGAGCACAUGUACUCAUCUGCCCAUACUCACUAGCCAGGCUGAAUGGGUAUUUGCCUUUUCAGACUCUGAAAUGAAGCUGUGCCCAUUGGCAGUCUCAUAGGCAGUGAGCUUUGAGGCACAAGCAUUGUUGCUAAAAAAACACAAAGGUCUGAGACAAACAAAACAUCUACAUUUAGACUCUGGAAAAUGUUGUAUUCUAGAGGUAAGAAUCUCACUUGUGAACUUAAUGUUUGGUCAUCAGUCAACAUGUUAAACUUACAAGUAAAAUAAGUCUACAAGUCAACAUAGCGUGUGGGCUGUAUCUAAGCGUAAGUAUGAGCUGGGCACUGUAGAAAGAAGGCUGAGAGGUCAGUUCAUUUAUUUUCCAAAUGUAACAGAAUAUUCUAGUGGUUUAUUUUUGUAUUAACUUAGAAGUGGAAAUAAAUGUUUGCUUCAGUAAACAGCGCAUGCACAGUAGAUGUUUAAGGGCAUUUGAUUUCUGAGCUUAGCCUAAAAAUACAUGCUCACAAAGACUUCUAGCAAGAAUUUUUUUUUUUUUUAAAUCACAGAACCAACACUCCUCUCCAGCCUGAUUUAAGCUAACACACUUCUGUUACAUAAUUUAACUUUCUUAAAACAACAACAACAGUAUUUUACAACCAGUCUCUUCCAGUUCUAAACUCAGCUUGACAGUACUGCUGCUCUGGCCUGCCCCUGGGAGUUAAGGUCCUUGCUCAGAGUUGUACAUAGGUACCACGUAGCCCACCCAUGGUAAGUGGUGGAAGCCUGCCUCUUGCUGCCGUGUUCUGCAUCGACCCCAGUUUGCCCCCCCCACAUGAGUGUAGUAGUAUCAUAGAUUAUACAUAACUACAUGUAUUGCUUUUGGCAGUAAAUCAAGUUCUAGUUGUAAUUUUCCAGCUGUGAAAAUGUUGCCUUGUAUUUAAAAGGGUUUCACGAGUGGAAGCCUAAGUAAAUAAGCUCAUUAGUGACAGGUCUGCUUUUCCAUGUCCCCAUUCCCCGUCUCCCCACUCCCGCUGCACCCUGCUUGCCACCCCCAUGUGAGCGCUUAUCCUUAACAAGGAGAAUCUUGAAAAUGAAGAAUCAAAGGGCAACCUGCUGUCUCUUAAGUAUCUGUAAUAACUGUGACACCACAACUUUUGUUUUCCUGGAUAACGUUAUUUCCCCUAAAAAUAAAAGCGCUUCCCUUGGGUUGGAAGAGCAGGCGGGAACUCCUCACUGUCCAUGUGUCUGUUGUCUGCCCUGGAGCUGCAGUGUGUCCCUCCUGUGCAUGGGUAAAGGGUGAACGUGCCCAGUCAUGUGAUCUCCCCAGCAGAGGGAAGACUGCGCUGUAGGCUCAGGGUGGUACUGGAGACGCUCUGUCAGCACACACCGAGAGCCCCCAUUUUCACAGAUUUAGAACUUUGAUAAUCCAGAUGCUGUCCUUGGAAGUAUUUAAUAUGCAAUAGGUAGCACCUUCUCUAAUUAAUCUGCAUAUGAAGGGCUUCCCGAUGUAUUUAAUAAGAUGUGUAGAAGCUCUUCAAGCAUUAAACUAAAGUUGACGUUUUGUUUCAUUUACUUUUCUGUGUCAAAAAAUGUCAACCCUUACAAUGGAAUUGAAAAGUCUGUUACCUAAUGGUACAUUUGGGCCUUUUAAUUCUGAGGCUUCUAGAUUGAAUUGUGAGGUACAAAAAAAUGCUGCAGAUCUAGAAAUGUAUGUUCUUAGCAGGUAUUUGAAUGAUGUGAGCAUUCUUUGUAUGACCCCUACCUUCUUAAGCUUAGUAACCCAUAUACGAUUUUGCAGGUGCAAAAGUGUAUAAACACUGUAUAAUGUGGCAGUCAUAAUUUAUGUAAGCUGAUGCAUGAAUCAGAAUUUUUAUAUAUGAUAAUUUGUCAUUGUUGAUUAAAGUGUUUGAACUUAAUGCAGUCACCAUUUCUUACUGUAGAUAAAGCUGUUCCCACUGUGCA